AUGCCGGGGGAACAACCACCUCUACCAGGCCCGGGUCCCGUCUUCGACAAACUUGAGAACUUCAAUUUUUUGAUGUCGCGUCACGAUCCAGCAGCCAAGACCCGACAGUACUCAUUUGACGCUGAUACUGGGCUGGUCCCGUUUGGCAACGCGAAUAUGGAUUAUGACCAGACCGAAGGCAUGGGCGGUCUAUCUGUCAGUUCUUAUGAGAGUAUAGAAGACGAUCGCAGCUCUCUCGAUCUCCGAGGCUAUCCCUAUCAUGUUUGGGGCUUGAAAUUCCAAGUCUGA